AUGUUCCACCAUCCACUUCGUUGGUCCGUUCACCUGUCUGUCUGUUUCCCCAGCUCCCUCAGCGUUUCCCGCCCCUGCCUCUGCACCAAUACCUGUGCCUGCCUCGGCUCCCUCCCACUCCUCUCCGCCCCCUCCCCGGCAGACAAGCCAGCCAAGAGCAGAGCUGAGCUGAAGGUGGAGAGGAGAGCCAGGCAGGAAGCUGAUAGGGCCUCUAAACAGCUAGGCUCCUCCUCCAGCUCCUCCUCCUCCAAGACCAAGGCCCCUCCCAGUGAUCUAAACCCAGGUACCAACGGCUGCUGUUAGACCUCUGGAGAACCUUGUUGAUUUAUCAUAAAACUUUGUUUCAGAGGGGAAAUUUGACAUGGACAAUUAAGAGUUCUGCUGCUUCCACGUGCUGGUAAAUACGUAGAAUCAAUUGACACAACAUACACACCGCUUCCCACCCACACGUUACAGGUUGUGACUUAGGUGGCAAUUCCACAUGAUGUAAGGCAGGGGUGUCAAACUCAUUCCGUGGAGGGCCCAAGUGUCUGCUGUUUUUUUUCUCUCUCCUUUCAAUUAAGACCUAGACAACCAGGUGAGGGGAGUUCCUUACUAAUUAGUGACCUUAAUUCAUCAAUCGAGUACAAGGUAGGAGUGAAAACCUGCAGACGCUCGGCCCUCCGUGGAAUGAGGAAGUGACGUAAAGCCCUACAGGACAAGCUCCAGUCCAUUAUUGCGGUCUCCCUAAUCUGCCCCUGACAUGUUCGAAGGACAUCCCCUAUUGAAAAACAUACAGUCAUGACUGAAAUCAUUGGCACCCUUGAUAAAGAUGAGCAAAAACGACUGUGUAAAUAAUACAUGUUGCAGUAGUAUACAUUUACGUCAUUUAGCAGACGCUCUUAUCCAGAGCGACAUACAAAUUGGUGCAUUCACCUUAUAGCCAGUGGGAUAACCACUUUACAAUUUAUUUAUUUUAUAUUUUUUAAUUUUUAGAGUGUAUUUUUAAUUUUCAUUUGUUAUAUAUAUAUAUAUAUAUACACACAUACUUGUUGUAGUAAGUCCCAUGUAUUCAAAGAUCAUUUGUUGCUUCCUGUCCCCGUUAGUGGUGAAGAGACUUCCUGAGCAUGUCCAAGUGGACGACCCUGCAGUGGUGAAAAGACUGGCCAAGAAGUUGGAGAGACAACAGGUUUGUGGCGUGUUAUUGACACUUAAUACAGUACGCUGCUCUCUGUCCUCAAAGGCACUGCUUGACUGACUUGAUAUAGAUUGUCAGUGUUUUCCCCUGGAUUAUUUCCCCUGGAUUAUUUCCCCUGGAUUAUUUAUCAUGCGAGGCGCACGCCUCCCCAAAUCAACAUCCAGUGUGCCUUUCUAAGCAACAUUCUGGAAGCUAUUUAUUGGUAGGGGAAACCUUGGAUUAGGGGAAACCUUGGAUUAGGGGAAACCUUGGAUUAGGGGAAACCUUGGAUUAGGUAAAGGUGAAGUAAUAGAUUUAACACAGGGAAUUGUCAGGCACCAAGCCCAACCUCAACCUCACCUACCUCCUCCAUGUCUCACCGCAAUUGCUUCUAUUCUGUACCUCACGUUUCUUCCAGACGCUACCUCACGCCGCCGCUAAAAAGGUACUAAGUAUCAAGGUCUGGCCUCUACUUUGUGUGCCGUUGAGUUGUUGUUUUUUUGUUUUGUUUUUUUUACCGUCUUUUGUUUUGCUCAAGGCUGUUUCAUGUCCUCAUUCCCACCGUCUGACAUACCUUCCUGUGAUAAUGAGAGACGUGUCGGUCUUUAAACUUGGCAGUAGAAAGAACCAUUACAGCGGAGAAAUGGAGCUCCAACAGGAUUGGGACAGUGACAACUUUUUGUUGUUGUUUUGGCUCUGUACUCCAGCACUUUGGAUUUUAAAUGAUACAAAAGUAUUGGGACAAAUUCACCUUAAAGUAGUCAAAAGUGUAGUAUUUGGUCCCAUAUUCCUAGAAUGCAAUGAUUACAUCAAGCUUGUGACUCUAAAAAUUUGUUGGAAGCAUUUGCAGUUUUGUUUUGGUUGUGUUUCUGAUUAUUUUGUGCCCAAUAGAAAUGAAUUGUAAAUAAUGUGUUGUUUCAUUUAUCAUUUAUUCUAAAUAAGAAUAUAAUGUUUCUAAACAUUUCUACAUUAAUGUGGAUGCUACCAUGGUUACGGUUACCGUGGAGGUUGUUGAGCUGGCCUACAGUACAGAGGAUGGUUGGUUACCGUGGAGGUUGUUGAGCUGGCCUACAGUACAGAGGAUGGUUGGUUACCGUGGAGGUUGUUGAGCUGGCCUACAGUACAGAGGAUGGUUGGUUACCGUGCAGGUUGUUGAGCUGGUCUACAGUACAGAGGAUGGUUUGGUUACCGUGGAGGUUUGUUGAGCUGGCCUACAGUACAGAGGAUGGUUGGUUGUUGAGCUGGCCUACAGUACAGAGGAUGGUUGGUUACCGUGGAGGUUGUUGAGCUGGUCUACAGUACAGAGGAUGGUUGGUUACCGUGCAGGUUGUUGAGCUGGCCUACAGUACAGAGGAUGGUUGGUUACCGUGCAGGUUGUUGAGCUGGUCUACAGUACAGAGGAUGGUUGGUUACCGUGCAGGUUGUUGAGCUGGUCUACAGUACAGAGGAUGGGUUGGUUACCGUGGAGGUUGUUGAGCUGGCCUACAGUACAGAGGAUGGUUGGUUACCGUGCAGGUUGUUGAGCUGGCCUACAGUACAGAGGAUGGUUGGUUACCGUGGAGGUUGUUGAGCUGGCCUACAGUACAGAGGAUGGUUGGUUACCGUGGAGGUUGUUGAGCUGGCCUACAGUACAGAGGAUGGUUGGUUACCGUGCAGGUUGUUGAGCUGGCCUACAGUACAGAGGAUGGUUGGUUACCGUGGAGGUUGUUGAGCUGGUCUACAGUACAGAGGAUGGUUGGUUACCGUGCAGGUUGUUGAGCUGGCCUACAGUACAGAGGAUGGUUGGUUACCGUGGAGGUUGUUGAGCUGGUCUACAGUACAGAGGAUGGUUUGGUUACCGUGCAGGUUGUUGAGCUGGCCUACAGUACAGAGGAUGGUUGGUUACCGUGCAGGUUGUUGAGCUGGUCUACAGUCCAGAGGAUGGUUGGUUACCGUGCAGGUUGUUGAGCUGGCCUACAGUACAGAGGAUGGUUGGUUACCGUGGAGGUUGUUGAGCUGGCCUACAGUACAGAGGAUGGUUGGUUGUUGAGCUGGCCUACAGUACAGAGGAUGGUUGGUUACCGUGGAGGUUGUUGAGCUGGCCUACAGUACAGAGGAUGGUUGGUUACCGUGGAGGUUGUUGAGCUGGCCUACAGUACAGAGGAUGGUUGGUUAUCGUGGAGGUUGUUGAGCUGGCCUACAGUACAGAGGAUGGUUGGUUGUUGAGCUGGCCUACAGUACAGAGGAUGGUUGGUUACCGUGGAGGUUGUUGAGCUGGCCUACAGUACAGAGGAUGGUUGGUUGUUGAGCUGGCCUACAGUACAGAGGAUGGUUGGUUACCGUGGAGGUUGUUGAGCUGGCCUACAGUACAGAGGAUGGUUGGUUGUUGAGCUGGCCUACAGUACAGAGGAUGGUUGGUUACCGUGGAGGUUGUUGAGCUGGCCUACAGUACAGAGGAUGGUUGGUUACCGUGGAGGUUGUUGAGCUGGCCUACAGUACAGAGGAUGGUUGGUUUACCGUGCAGGUUGUUGAGCUGGCCUACAGUACAGAGGAUGGUUGGUUACCGUGGAGGUUGUUGAGCUGGCCUACAGUACAGAGGAUGGUUGGUUACCGUGCAGGUUGUUGAGCUGGUCUACAGUACAGAGGAUGGUUGGUUACCGUGCAGGUUGUUGAGCUGGCCUACAGUACAGAGGAUGGUUGGUUACCGUGCAGGUUGUUGAGCUGGUCUACAGUCCAGAGGAUGGUUGGUUACCGUGCAGGUUGUUGAGCUGGCCUACAGUACAGAGGAUGGUUGGUUACCGUGGAGGUUGUUGAGCUGGCCUACAGUACAGAGGAUGGUUGGUUGUUGAGCUGGCCUACAGUACAGAGGAUGGUUGGUUACCGUGGAGGUUGUUGAGCUGGCCUACAGUACAGAGGAUGGUUGGUUACCGUGGAGGUUGUUGAGCUGGCCUACAGUACAGAGGAUGGUUGGUUAUCGUGGAGGUUGUUGAGCUGGCCUACAGUACAGAGGAUGGUUGGUUGUUGAGCUGGCCUACAGUACAGAGGAUGGUUGGUUACCGUGGAGGUUGUUGAGCUGGCCUACAGUACAGAGGAUGGUUGGUUGUUGAGCUGGCCUACAGUACAGAGGAUGGUUGGUUACCGUGGAGGUUGUUGAGCUGGCCUACAGUACAGAGGAUGGUUGGUUGUUGAGCUGGCCUACAGUACAGAGGAUGGUUGGUUACCGUGGAGGUUGUUGAGCUGGCCUACAGUACAGAGGAUGGUUGGUUACCGUGCAGGUUGUUGAGCUGGCCUACAGUACAGAGGAUGGUUGGUUGUUGAGCUGGCCUACAGUACAGAGGAUGGUUGGUUACCGUGGAGGUUGUUGAGCUGGCCUACAGUACAGAGGAUGGUUGGUUACCGUGCAGGUUGUUGAGCUUGCCUACAGUACGGAGUAUGGUUGGUUGCUGUGGAGGUUGUCAUCUAUGUAUGUUUGGACUGUGCCUUGACCUCAUCCACCCACCUUUGAACCUUUGACCUCUGAACCCAAGAGAAUCACGGUGAACUAAAACGUGUGUGUGUUUAUUUCAGAUCCCACUGCGAUCCGACUAUGGCUACAAAGUCAGCCUGUUCUCUCACCUGCACCAGUAUAGCCGCAAAGCCCCCCUCACCCAGCAACUCAGGUAACUACCUACAGUGAGGGGAAAAAAGUAUUUGAUCCCCUGCUGAUUUUGUAUGUUUGCCCACUGACAAAGAAAUGAUCAGUCUAUAAUUGUAAUGGUAUUUGAAUUUGAACAGUGAGAGACAGAAUAACAACAAAAAAAUCCAGAAAAACGCAUGUCAAAAAUGUUAUAAAUUGAUUUGCAUUUUAAUGAGGGAAAUAAGUAUUUGACCCCUUCUCAAUCAGAAAGAUUUCUGGCUCCCAGGUGUCGAGCUGAGAUUAGGAGCACACUCUUAAAGGGACUGCUCCUAAUCUCAGCUUGUUACCUGUAUAAAAGACACCUGUCCACAGAAGCAAUCAAUCAAUCAGAUUCCAAACUCUCCACCAUGGCCAAGACCAAAGAGCUCUCCAAGGCUGUCAGGGACAAGAAUGUAGACCUACACAAGGCUGGAAUGGGCUACAAGACCAUCGCCAAGCAGCUUGGUGAGAAGGUGACAACAGUUGGUGCGAUUAUUCGCAAAUGGAAGAAACACAAAAUAACUGUCAAUCUCCCUCGGCCUGGGGCUCCAUGCAAGUUCUCAUCUCGUGGAGUUGCAAUGAUCAUGAGAACGGUGAGGAAUCAGCCCAGAACUAUACAGGAGGAUCUUGUCAAUGAUCUCAAGGCCGCUGGGACUAUAGUCACCAAGAAAACAAUUGGUAACACACUACGCCGUGAAGGACUGAAAACCUGCAGAGCCCACAAGGUCCCCCUGCUCAAGAAAGCACAUAUACAGGCCCGUCUGAAGUUUGCCAAUGAACAUCUGAAUGAUUCAGAGGAGAACUGGGUGAAAGUGUUGUGGUCAGAUGAGACCAAAAUUGAGCUCUUUGGCAUCAACUCAACUCGCCGUGUUUGGAGGAGGAGGAAUGCUGCCUAUGACCCCAAGAACACCAUCCCCACCGUCAAACAUGGAGGUGGAAACAUUAUGCUUUGGGGGUGUUUUUCUGCUAAGGGGACAGGACAACUUCACCGCAUCAAAGGGACGAUGGACGGGGCCAUGUACCGUCAAAUCUUGGGUGAGAACCUCCUUCCCUCAGCCAGGGCAUUGAAAAUGGGUCAUGGAUUUGUAUUCCAGCAUGACAAUGACCCAAAACACACGGCCAAGGCAACAAAGGAGUGGCUCAAGAAGAAGCACAUUAAGGUCCUGGAGUGGCCUAGCCAGUCUCCAGACCUUAAUCCCAUAGACAAUCUGUGGAGGGAGCUGAAGGUUCGAGUUGCCAAACGUCAGCAUCGAAACCUUAAUGACUUGGAGAAGAUCUGCAAAGAGGAGUGGGACAAAAUCCCUCCUGAGAUGUGUGCAAACCUGGUGGCCAACUACAAGAAACGUCUGACCUCUGUGAUUGCCAACAGGGGUUUCGCCACCAAGUACUAAGUCAUGUUUUGCAGAGGGGUCAAAUACUUAUAUCCCUCAUUUAAAAUGCAAAUCAAUUUAUAAAAUUUUUGACAUGCGUUUUUCUGGAUUUUCUUGUUGUUAUUCUGUCUCUCACUGUUCAAAUAAACCUACCAUUAAAAUUAUAGAAUGAUCAUGUCUUUGUCGGUGGGCAAACGUACAAAAUCAGCAGGGGAUCAAAUACUUUUUUUCCCUCACUGUACCUGCCCCUACCCAGAGGCCGGUUGCACCAGUUGGGCGUAAAAACGUUGGUCUUAAAUGCUAGUUCAGGCGUCGCUACGUCCGACUUUGGGAUCAGAAUUGACACCUAUUGCAUCAACCAAAAAAUAAGACUAGUUGUAGCUAAAUCCGGCGUUAGCAAUGCGCCUUUAUGAGAUUUGAUGCUUCAUAAUGAUGGUUGCUAGGCAGCCCCCAUUACUAGGCUGUUACCAUCCUCGUGACAGUUCUAAACUUUGCGAGACAUGUCCCAUCUCUUCACGUACAGUGGGGAAAAAAAGUAUUUAGUCAGCCACCAAUUGUGCAAGUUCUCCCACUUAAAAAGAUGAGAGAGGCCUGUAAUUUUCAUCAUAGGUACACGUCAACUAUGACAGACAAAAUGAGAAAGAAAAUCCAGAAAAUCACAUUGUAGGAUUUUUAAUGAAUUUAUUUGCAAAUUAUGGUGGAAAAUAAGUAUUUGGUCAAUAACAAAAGUUUCUCAAUACUUUGUUAUAUACCCUUUGUUGGCAAUGACACAACGUUUUCUGUAAGUCUUCACAAGGUUUUCACACACUGUUGCUGGUAUUUUGGCCCAUUCCUCCAUGCAGAUCUCCUCUAGAGCAGUGAUGUUUUGGGGCUGUCGCUGGGCAACACAGACUUUCAACUCCCUCCAAAGAAAUGGAAGGGAAAUGUUAGCCGAGUUGAGUGUUCGUGAUGAUAAUAUUUUAGUCUAGUUUGCUCAUCUAACAAGUGUUAUCAAAACAUUUAGCUAGCAUGUUACGUAACCUACGCUAGCCUACAGUAUAACAGGUGAAUUUAUUGACCUCUUCACUGGCGUAGUAAACUCGGCUACAUCCUGACUGAAAAGCCCUUGACCUCUGAUAAUCAAUCUGCCCUGAAUGCUGAUUGGCUGAUAGCCGUGGUAUAUCAGACUGUAACAGUGGUUGUAGUAUGAGCGUGUUUUUUGCCUCCUUAUUUAAAUACAAUUAUCCUAUAAGACUUUCUUCUAGCUACGUCUACACAUGUAUUGUCAUUUCUAUGUAAUAGUGAGGUAAGCGGAAGUGAGUAAAAUAGGUCAUGGCUAACCCUUUCUGCUGAUAGUGUUUCUGUGAUCUGAUUGGUCUCGGUGAGUGGUUGUUUAUUGAUUUGGUUCCGUCUGUGAUCUGAUGGGUAAUUGUUUGGUUCUGUCUGUCAGCAUUCCCUCUACGGUGAUCCACCCCUCCAUCGUGCGGUUGGGUCUGCAGUACUCCCAGGGCAUUGUGGCAGGAUCCAACGCUCGCUCUGUGGCCCUGCUCCAUGCCUUUAAACAGGUACAGUACUACUAACCCCAGACCUGCUCUUAGUUAAGCCCCCUAGAGUACAGUACUACUGACCCCAGACCUGCUCUUAGUUAAGCCCCCUAGAGUACAGUACUACUGACCCCAUACCUGCUCUUAGUUAAGCCCCUAGAGUACAGUACUACUAACCCCAGACCUGCUCUUAGUUAAGCCCCUAGAGUACAGUACUACUGACCCCAGACCUGCUCUUAGUUAAGCCCCUAGAGUACAGUACUACUGACCCCAGACCUGCUCUUAGUUAAGCCCCCUAGAGUACAGUACUACUGACCCCAGACCUGCUCUUAGUUAAGCCCCCUAGAGUCAAUUGAUGCACCAGUGCAUCAAUCUAAGUUUCAUAACAAAAAAAUCCCUGUCAAAAUCUGUCAGUUUAAGCUAGAGAUAUCUGUUUUAUUGCAUUGAUGCGUCUCAAUCCACCGUACCCGUCAGUGUCGCACUUCCACACCUGCGGUGUUUGUCAGACCAUGAGACAUCCCGAAAAUCGGUCUUUUCACGAAAACGUCUGUAGCGUCCGAACGGUUUCACCUGCAAAAACUAUUCCGACCACUCUAUGGAAAGGGCUGAGACUCUCACGAAUACGAUGGUGUCAGGAGACUCGAUUGAAGUCGGUACCGUUGAUGUGCCAACUUCUGUUUGGGCAACGAACUAGUGGGACCCCACUGUGGAAAGGGGAGAUUCUCACGAACCCGAUGGUGUUAUCCAUUUUGCUCUACGACCUCAACGUGACACGGGACUCGUCUGAAGGUAACCGGUACCGGUUUUUAAAAAAACUAAUGGAAUUAUUAAGGUAGUUUUGUGCCUACCCCAAAAAAGGGGUUAAAUAUGUGUACAAUUUGUAUAUCAUUUACAUUUUAGUCAUUUAGCAGACGCUCUUAUCCAGAGCGACUUACAGUUAGUGAGUGCAUACAUUUUUCAUACUGUCCCCCCCGUGGGAAUCGAACCCACAACCCUGGCGUUGCAAGCGCCAUGCUCUACCAACUGAGCUACACGGGGGGCCUAGAGUUGGGAAAACACUACAGGGGGGGCCUAGAGUUGGGAAAACACUACAGGGGGGGGCCUAGAGUUGGGGAAAACACUACAGGGGGGGCCUAGAGUUGGGAAAACACUACAGGGGGGGCCUAGAGUUGGGAAAACACUACAGGGGGGGCCUAGAGUUGGGAAAACACUACAGGGGGGCCUAGAGUUGGGAAAACACUACAGGGGGGGGCCUAGAGUUGGGAAAAACACUACAGGCGGGGCCUAGAGUUGGGGAAAACACUACAGGGGGGGCCUAGAGUUGGGAAAAACACUACAGGGGGGGCCUAGAGUUGGGAAAAACACUACAGGGGGGGGCCUAGAGUUGGGAAAACACUACAGGGGGGGCCUAGAGUUGGGAAAACACUACAGGCGGGGCCUAGAGUUGGGAAAACACUACAGGCGGGGGCCUAGAGUUGGGAAAACACUACAGGGGGGGCCAUAGAGUUGGGAAAACACUACAGGGGGGGCCUAGAGUUGGGAAAACAACUACAGGGGGGGCCUAGAGUUGGGAAAACACUACAGGGGGGGGCCUUAGAGUUGGGAAAACACUUCAACCUUGUUUUUUUAUCCUUUUUUUUUGUAUUUUUUUUUGCCAUUUAUGAAUUUGUUAUUCAAUGCGUUUCUUUCGGCUUUAGUAGUAAAAAUCACUACUUUAUCAACAACAAACAAAUCUAAAAAAAAAUUGAUACCGAAAAGGGUCCUAAAAUUCUAAAUAAAAUAGCUAAAUGAUCCAUAGUAUGACCAUCUUAAAACAAUUCCAUAUGUCAGCUUAGCGACGUCUUAGUUCCAGUCUUCACACUGUAUAUAUAUUUUCUGUUGUAUUUUUGACUUUAUGUUUUUUUUUUUUUUACCCCAUAUGUAACUCUGUGUUGUUGUUUUUAAAUCGCACUGCUUUGCUUUAUCUUGGCCAGGUCGCAGUUGUAAAUGAGAACUUGUUCUCAACUGGCUUACCUGGUUAAAUAAAGGUGAAAUAAAUAAAAUAAAAAAAACUCUGUGACCCUGUUCUACACCUUUAAACAGGUACUUCUAUUUCCCCCCCAUAAAUAUAAUAAUAAUAAUAAUAAUAUGCCAUUUUAGCAGACGCUUUUAUCCAAAGCGACUUACAGUCAUGUGCGCAUACAUUUUUACGUAUGGGUGGUCCCGGGGAUCGAAACCCACUACCCUGGGCGUUACAAGCGCCGUGCUCUACCAGCUGAGCUACAGAGGACCACAUACUCACUGACAUUGAAGUGUCUUACAUUCCCCACAUUCAUCAGUCUUUAUAACUCCCUUUUGUGCUAUGCACGCACACGGAUGAUUGUAUACGAUUACUACACAUCUGCCUACAGGUGAUUAGGGACUACACGACUCCUCCCAAUGAAGAGCUGUCCAGAGAUCUGGUCAACAAGCUUAAGCCCUAUAUCAGGUACCGGAUCCUCGUAACACUUUAUGUCAAAUACUAUGUUUAUAUACCGUGCCUUCGGAAAGUAUUCAGACCCCUCUUCCCUUUUUUUCCCUCCACAUUUUGUUACGUUGCAACCUUUAUUCUAAAAUGGAUUUAAAUGUAACGUAACAAUGUGGAAAAAGUCAAGGGGUCUGAAUACUUUCUGAAUGCGACAUCUUGCUGUGGAACUGGGAUCUUUUGAAUCGUGUCUCAGGGUUGAGCUUUUACCACGUUGUUGUUGUUGCUGCAGCUUUCUCAAUCAAUGUCGCCCUCUGUCUGCGAGCAUGGGCAAUGCAAUCAAGUACAUCAAGAAAGAAAUAUCCAAUAUUCCUAGUCAAUGCAAAGAGGAGGAGGUGAGUUCAGAAUACAUUGUCCGUUCUGUGUGUGUGGGUUAGAGGUUGUGACCAGAAAGACUCAUGUUUCACUCAUCACGUCCAUAUUAUGGCAAUGGUCAUUCUCUCUCCUCAUUCUCGCUCCUCUCUCAAUCUCUCUACAUGAUGGGCUUGUCUCUCUCCUCUCUCCAUAGGGGCAUUGGUCUCUCUCUAUACAUAGGUCAGCUGUCUUCCUAGCUUCUCUCUCUCUCGCUAUCUCUUCAUACAUAUUAUGUUGUGUGUCUCCUUUCUCUCUCUCUUCUCCUAUCAUAUGGUCAUUGUCUCUCUCUUCUUUCUCUCUAUCGUCUCUCUCUCUCCAUAUGGUCAUUGUCUCUCUCUCUCUCUCUCUCUCCAUAUGGUCAUUGUCUCUCUCUCUCUCCCUUUCUUCUCUCUCUCUCUCUCUUCCAUCAUGGUCAUUGUCUCUCUCUUCUCUCCCAUAUGGUCAUUGUCUUCUCUCUGCUCUCUCCAUAUGGUCAUUGUCUCUCUUCUUCUCAUAUGGUCAUUGUCUUCUCUCUCUUCUCUCCAUAUAUGUAUUGUCUCUCUCUCUCUCUCAUAUGGUCAUUCUCUCUCUCUCACUCAUUGGUCAUUUCUCUCUCAUAGGAUGCUCUCUCCAUACUGGUCAUUGUCUCUCUCUACUCUCUCUCUCUCCAUAUGGUCAUUGUUCUCUCUCUCUCCAUAUGGUCAUGUGCUCUCUCUUUCUCUCUCUCCAUAUGGUCAUGUCUCUUCUCUCUUCUUGUUCUCUCUCUCUCUCUCUCUCCAUAUGGUCAUUGUCUCUCUCUCUCUCUCCAUAUGGUCAUUGUGUGUCUCUCUCUCUCUCCAUAUGGUCAUUGUCUCUCUCUCUCUCUCUCCAUAUGGUCAUUGUCUCUCUCUCUCCCUCCCCCCCAUAGGCGAAGACCAAACUGCAGAACUGUAUAGACCGUUACAUAGAGGAGAAGAUUGUUCUGGCAGCCAGGGCCAUAUCUAAAUACGCCAUAGAGAAGAUCAGUGAUGGAGACGUCAUUCUAGUUUAUGGAUGGUAAGAAAAUAUAAUGUAUUUUAAUCAAGAGGGCUGAGCCUCUUGGGGCCGGUCACCUGGACACUGAUGGAGCGGUUUCCACUUAGUCAUUAACACUGAUGGAGCGGUUUCCACUUAGUCAUUAACACUAUGGAGCGGUUUCCACUUAGUCAUUAACACUAUGGAGCGGUUUCCACUUAGUCAUUAACACUAUGGAGCGGUUUCCACUUAGUCUAACACUAUGGAGCGGUUUCCACUUAGUCUAACACUAUGGAGCGGUUUCCACUUAGUCAUUAACACUAUGGAGCGGUUUCCACUUAGUCAUUAACACUAUGGAGCGGUUUCCACUUAGUCAUUAACACUAUGGAGCGGUUUCCACUUAGUCAUUAACACUAUGGAGCGGUUCCACUUAGUCAUAACACUAUGGAGCGGUUUCCACUAGUCAUUAACACUGUAUGGAGCGUUUCAUUAGUAUUACACUAAUGUACGGUUUUUCCACUUAGUCUACACUAUGGAGCGGUUUCCACUUAGUCAUUAACACUAGUGGAGCGGUUUCCACUUAGUCAUUAAACUAUGGAGCGGUUUCCACUUAGUCAGAACACUAUGGAGCGGUUUCCACUUAGUCUAACACUAUGGAGCGGUUUCCACUUAGUCAUAACACUAUGAGUGGUUUCACUUAGCAUUACACUAUGGAGCGGUUCCACUAGUCAUUAACAUAUGGAGCGGUUUCACUUAGUCAUUAACACUAUGGAGCGGUUUCCAACUUAGUCUUAACACUAUGGAGACGGUUUCCACUAGUCAUUUACACUAGGGUCCGCUUCCACUUAGUCUAACACUAUGGGACGGUUUCCACUUAGUCAUUAACACUAGAGUGGUUUCCACUUAGUAUUAACACUAUGGAGCGGUUUCCACUUAGUCAUAACACUAUGGAGCGGUUUCCACUUAGUCAUUAACAUAUGGAGCGGUUUCCACUUAGUCAUUUACAUAUGUCCGGUUUCCACUAGUCUAACACUAGUGGAGCGGUUUCCACUUAGUCUUAACACUAUGAGUGGUGUCCACUUAGUCAUUAACACUAUGGAGCGGUUUCCACUAGUCAUUAACACUAUGGAGCGGUUUCCACUUAGUCAUUAACACAUGGAGCGGUUCCACUUAGUCAUUAACACUAUGGAGCGUGUUUCCACUUAGUCAUUAACACUAUGGAGCGGUUUCCAACUUAGUCAUUAACACUAUGGAGCGGUUCCCCGGACACUGAUUAAGCCGAGUCCUGGGCUAAAUAGCAUGGUCAAUUGAGAAUAUCCAUUGAAAUUGUUUUUUAGUCCAGGACUAAUCUUAAUCUGUGUCCGGGAAACCGCUCCAUAGUGUUAAUGACUAAGUGGAAACCGCUCCAUAGUGUUAAUGACUAAGUGGAAACCGCUCCAUAGUGUUAAUGACUAAGUGGAAACCGCUCCAUAGUGUUAAUGACUAAGUGGAAACCGCUCCUUAGUGUUAAUGACUAAGUGGAAACCGCUCCAUAGUGUUAGACUAAGUGGAAACUGCUCCAUAGUGUUAAUGACUAAGUGGAAACUGCUCCAUAGUGUUAAUGACUAAGUGGAAACCGCUCCAUAGUGUUAGACUAAGUGGAAACUGCUCCAUAGUGUUAAUGACUAAGUGGAAACCGCUCCAUAGUGUUAGACUAAGUGGAAACCGCUCCAUAGUGUUAGACUAAGUGGAAACCGCUCCAUAGUGUUAAUGACUAAGUGGAAACCGCUCCAUAGUGUUAAUGACUAAGUGGAAACCGCUCCAUAGUGUUAAUGACUAAGUGGAAACCGCUCCAUAGUGUUAAUGACUAAGUGGAAACCGCUCCAUAGUGUUAAUGACUAAGUGGAAACCGCUCCAUAGUGUUAGACUAAGUGGAAACCGCUCCAUAGUGUUAGACUAAGUGGGAAACCGCUCCAUAGUGUUAGACUAAGUGGAAACCGCUCCAUAGUGUUAGACUAAGUGGAAAACCGCUCCAUAGUGUUAAUGACUAAGUGGAAACCCGCUCCAUAGUGUUAGACUAAGUGGAAACCGCUCCAUAGUGUUAAUGACUAAGUGGAAACCGCUCCAUAGUGUUAAUGACUAAGUGGAAAACCGCUCCAUAGUGUUAAUGACUAAGUGGAAACCGCUCCAUAUGUUAAUGACUAAGUGGAAACCGCUCCUAGUGUUUAGACUAAGUGGAAACCGCUACAUAGUGGUUAAUGACUAAGUGGAAACCGCUACAUAGUGUUAAUGACUAAGUGGAAACCGCUCCAUAGUGUUAAUGACUAAGUGGAAACCGCUCCAUAGUGUUAAUGACUAAGUGGAAACCGCUCCAUAGUGUUAAUGACUAAGUGGAAACCGCUCCAUAGUGUUAAUGACUAAGUGGAAACCGCUCCAUAGUGUUAAUGACUAAGUGGAAACCGCUCCAUAGUGUUAGACUAAGUGGAAACCGCUCCAUAGUGUUAGACUAAGUGGAAACCGCUCCAUAGUGUUAGACUAAGUGGAAACCGCUCCAUAGUGUUAGACUAAGUGGAAACCGCUCCAUAGUGUUAAUGACUAAGUGGAAACCGCUCCAUAAUGUUAAUGACUAAGUGGAAACCGCUCCAUAGUGUUAAUGACUAAGUGGAAACCGCUCCAUAGUGUUAAUGACUAAGUGGAAACCGCUCCAUAGUGUUAAUGACUAAGUGGAAACCGCUCCAUAGUGUUAAUGACUAAGUGGAAACCGCUCCAUAGUGUUAAUGACUAAGUGGAAACCACUCCAUAGUGUUAAUGAUUACGUGUUGGCGACCAGGGUUUGAGUCGUGGUUGGGAUACACUCCAUAUUCACUACAUUACAAUACAUAACUGAUCUCCCAUCCUGUCUCCCCUCUGUAAAAUCUAUCCAAUCCUCUCAACUCUACAGUAGUGCCAAUUUAGAGUAUAGGACAGGGGUACUCAACUCUGACCCUACGAGGCCCGAAGCCUGCUGGUUUUCUGUUCUACCUGAUAAUUAAAUGCACCCACCUGGUGUCCCAGGUCUAAAUCGGUCCCUAAUUAGAGGGGAACAGUGAAGAAAUGCAGUGGAACUGACUUCGAGGUCCAGAGUUGAGUUUGAGGGGUAUAGGGGUUAGGGGUCGGUUUACAAUCCAGUAGAAUCCAGAAGUUAUCAAACCUGUGUCCCUUCUCCCCCUUCUUAGCAGAUCUGGGAACAGGCUAGGGGUUAGUAAGGAACUCAUCAGUUAUUGAUGUCAUAUCCUGUCCUUCCGUAGCUCGUCCCUGGUGAACCACAUCCUGUGCGAGGCGUUUGAGAAGAGCAGGAAGUUCCGUGUGAUUGUGGUGGACAGCCGGCCUCGUCUGGAGGGAAGGGAGGCUCUGAGACGCCUCGUACAGAGAGGCAUCAGCUGCACCUACGUCCUCAUCUCUGCCCUCUCAUACAUACUACCUGAGGUAACCUAGUCCUCAUCUCUGCCCUCUCAUACAUACUACCUGAGGUAAAGUAGUCCUCAUCUCUGCUCUCAUACAUACUACCUGAGGUAAACUAGUCCUCAUCUCUGCCCUUAUACAUACUACCUGAGGUAAACUAGUCCUCAUCUCUGCUCUUAUACACACUACCUGAGGUAAACUAGUCAUCUCUGCCCUCAUACACACUACCUGAGGUAAACUAGUCCUCAUCUCUACCCUCAUACAUACUACCUGAGGUAAACUAGUCCUCAUCUCUGCCCUCAUACAUACUACCUGAGGUAAACUAGUCCUCAUCUCUGCCCUCAUACAUACUACCUGAGGUAAACUAGUCCUCAUCUCUGCCCUCAUACAUACUACCUGAGGUAAAGUAGUCCUCAUCUCUGCUCUCAUACAUACUACCUGAGGUAAACUAGUCCUCAUCUCUGCCCUCUCAUACAUACUACCUGAGGUAAACUAGUCCUCAUCUCUGCUCUCAUACAUACUACCUGAGGUAAACUAGUCCUCAUCUCUGCCCUCUCAUACAUACUACCUGAGGUAAACUAGUCCUCAUCUCUGCUCUUAUACAUACUACCUGAGGUAAACUAGUCCUCAUCUCUGCCCUUAUACAUACUACCUGAGGUAAAACUAGUCCUCAUCUCUGCUCUUAUACACACUACCUGAGGUAAACUAGUCAUCUCUGCCCUCAUACACACUACCUGAGGUAAACUAGUCCUCAUCUCUGCCCUCAUACAUACUACCUGAGGUAAAGUAGUCCUCAUCUCUGCUCUCAUACAUACUACCUGAGGUAAACUAGUCCUCAUCUCUGCCCUUAUACAUACUACCUGAGGUAAACUAGUCCUCAUCUCUGCUCUUAUACACACUACCUGAGGUAAACUAGUCAUCUCUGCCCUCAUACACACUACCUGAGGUAAACUAGUCCUCAUCUCUACCCUCAUACAUACUACCUGAGGUAAACUAGUCCUCAUCUCUGCCCUCAUACAUACUACCUGAGGUAAACUAGUCCUCAUCUCUGCCCUAAUACAUACUACCUGAUAGUGAUGGGGGAAUAAAUAGAUAGUUACAUAUCGUAAUAUUAUCAAGUAUCCGUUCAUAAAUAUAUUAAUUUUUCCCCCCGCUACUGUAGGUAGUGUUAGCUGGCGCUAGUCAGCUGUACCUGCGCCAAAACUCUGGUCUUUUUCAUCCUAUAGCUUGUUCUCCAUCUUUUUAAAUAGUGAGCCAACAUGUUUUCAGUGCUUUUAUGUCCAUGACUUUCUCAUGCUCUCUCUUUCUGCAGCAGACAUGGUGAGCAAUAUAUUUUGAACAUCAAAUCGCAACACAUACAGGGCUUUCAGUAAUUAUUCAUACCCCUUGACUUAUUCCACAUUUUGUUGUGUUACAGCCUGAAUUCAAAAUGGAUUAAAUAGAUUUUAAAAAUCCACCCAUCUACACACAAUACGAUUCCCACGGGGGGCCAGUAUGAAAAAUUUAUGCACUCACUAACUGUAAGUCGCUCUGGAUAAGAGCGUCUGCUAAAUGACUAAAAUGUAAAUGUUAUAAUGACAAAGUGAAAACAUGUUAUUAGAAAUGUGAGCAAAUGUAUUGAAAAUGAAAUACAGAAACAUUUACGGAAGUAUUCACACCCCUUUGCUAUGACACUUGAAAUUGAGCACAGGUGCAUCCAAUUUCGUUUGAUCAUCCUUGAGAUAUCGCUACAACUUUGAUUUGGAGUCCACCUGUGGCCAAUUUCAAUUGUUUGGACAUGAUUUAGAAAGAAACACACCUGUUUAUAUAAAAGGUCCCACAGAAGCAGAAACUAUACCAUGAAGUCCGUAGAUCGCCAAGAGAAUUGUGAUGAGGCAUAUAUCUGGGGAAGAAUUAGAAAUGAAGCCAAAAAAAAAAUAUUCUAGAGUGUUGAACGUUUCCAAGAGCAGAGUGGUCUCCAUCAUUGGGAAAUUUAAAAAAUAUGUAACUACCCAGACUCUGCCUAAAACUGGCCGUCCGACCAAACUGAGCAACCGGGCAAGAAGGACCUUGGUCAGGGAGGUGACCAAGAACCCAGUGACCACUCUGACACAACUACAGAGUUCCUUGGCUGAGAUGGGAGAACCUGCCAGAAGGACAACAGUCUCUACCGCACUUCACCAAUCUGGGCUUUGUGGGAGAGUGGCCAGACGGAAGCCACUCCCGAGAAGAAGCCAAAUGACCGCAUGCCUGGAGUUUGUAAAAAGGCACGUGGCAAAAGAUUCUGUGGUCUGAUGAGACAAAAAUGUAACUCUUUGGCCUGAAUGCAAAGCGCUAUGUCUGGAGAAAACCAGGCACAGCUCAUCACCUGUCUAACACCAUCCCUACCGUGAAGCAUGGUGGUGGCAGCAUUAUGCUAUGGGGGAUGGUUUUCAGCAGCAGGGACUGGGAGACUGGUAAGGAUAAGAGGGAACAAUGAAUGGAGCCAAAUACAGGCAAAUCCUUGAUGAGAACCUGCUUCACAGUGCAAACCACCUUAGACUGGGGGAGAAGAUUUACGUUCCACCAGGACAAUGACCUCAAGCAUACAGCCAAAGCAACACUGGAAUGGCUUCAGAACUAGAAUGUGAAAGUCCCUGAGUGGCCCAGCCAGAGGCCAGACUUGAAUCCCAUUGAAAAUAUGUGGAAAGACUUAAAGAUUGCUGUUCAUCACUGCUCCCCAUCUAACUUAACAGAGUUUGAGAAAAUCUGCAAGGGAGAAAAUCCCCAAAUCCAGAUGUGCAAAGCUGAUACAGACACACCCAAGACGACUCAAAGCUGUAAUUGUCGCCAAAGGUGCUUCUACAAAGUGUUGACUCAUGGGUGUGAAAACUCUUGGAGGACUGGAGGUGUCAUUGCACUAUGGCACUUAUCAUUUAGAUUUUUGGUAUUAUAGGUAUUUGUUGAUUUAUCACAAUGUGGACCUCUUGUAGAAAAUCCAAAGGCCCAGUGAAUGUUUUCCUUACAAUGUUCUUUGGUUUAACACUCUCGCUCUUCCCUGUUCUUUUAACUAACCUCCCCACAGCACAUGAAACUAACUGUAUGUGGGUUUUUAUAAAUGGUCUAAUUUCACUCAAAAUUCAAUCAUUAAACUUGCCCCCUCUCCCAGGUAUCUAAGGUGUUCCUGGGUGCCCAUGCCCUGCUGGCUAAUGGCUACGUGAUGUCUCGUGUGGGGACAUCUCAGAUAGCUCUGGUGGCCAGGACCUUCAACGUGCCAGUCCUGGUCUGCUGUGAGACAUACAAGUUCUGUGAGAGGGUGCAGACUGACUCCUUCGUCUCCAAUGAGCUCGGUAACGUGGCAAGCAUUCAUUUAGCCUCCUUGAGUUUAUAAUUUAAUAAGUAAGGCAUGAGAAGCCAGGGAUUAUCGUGUGAUAACUCCCGACUGAGGGCUCCUCUGAGCCGAGGACCGGGAAACCGUCCUUAGGAGGGAGUUAUCACACAAUAAUUCCCGGGUUCGAGGACCUUGUUGCAUUUAUAAAACAGUUGCCAACAUAUAUAAAAAAAAUAAAAAAAAUAAGAUUUGUUUUCAUUAAAAACAUUAACAUUUUAAUUCAUCCUUCCACGAGACGAUGUAGUCCGGGCAAAAGCCAGUUGUUAGUUCUAAAGGUUCUAAAGUUGCUAACCAAACAGGCUGGUCGUUAACUCUAUUGGAAUGUUUUGACCCAGUCGUUCAUUCUAUUCAUUCCACGUUGCUAUGCUAAACAAAUCAUUGGCAUGUAGCUAUAUAGCAGAGGUUCAAUGAAGAUGAGAGACAAGAACUACAAUAAAAUAUUUAAUUAAUAAAUCAUUAAUAAAUAGGCAACAACCAGUCGAUUGUCGAGUCAAUAAGAUGGUUAUGGAGGAUAGCUAGGCUAACGUUACUUCUCCUUUGCUAGCUAACGUUAGCUAGCUAACUAAAGCUAACACACAAUCACAUCAAGCAGCUGAAUUAACAGCAAACUAUGUGCAUUUUUAGUUUGUUUGACCUUCGUUUGCAGAACGGUGGAUGAAGUUUAUACAUGCCUGGCUGGACUACAGAACAGUGGAUUGAUACUUGAAAUGGAAUUAUGGCAUUUUGCGUGGAUUAUCGUGAACAACUAAUGGCUAUCAACCAAUCAGCAUCCAGGAUCCAAACUUGGCGUUCUCUAAGUAGAAGCAUAAACCUACAGUAUAUGGUUAUCGUAUUAGAGCUAAUAGAGGAAUCUACGGUAUGAAAUGCUAAAGUAUUUCUGAUACCCAAGAAUAGUAAAGCCCCCUUUGCUCGGCUAUUUGAGCCAGUAAUCAGCCUGUUACCGACCCUUAGUAAACUUUUUGGAAAGAAUUGUGUUUGACCAGAUACAAUGCUAUUUUACUGUAAACAAAUUGACAACAGACUUUCAGCACGCUUAUAGGGAAGGGCAUUCAACAAGCACGGCACUUACACAAAUGACUGAUGAUUGGCUGAGAGAAAUUGAUGAUAAAAAGAUUGCAGUGGCUGUUUUGUUAGACUUCAGUGCGGCUUUUGACAUUAUCGAUCAUAGUCUACUGCUGGAAAAACGCAUGUGUUAUGGCUUUACACCCCCUGUUAUAAUGUGGAUAAAGAGUUACCUGUCUAACAGAACACAGAGGGUGUUCUUUAACGGAAACCUCUCAAAUAUAAUCCUAAUAGAAUCAGGAAUUCCCCAGGGCAGCUGUCUAGGCCCCUUACUUUUUUUCAAUCUUUACUAACGACCUGCCACUGGCUCUGAGUAAAGCCAGUGUGUCUAUGUAUGCGGAUGACUCAACACUAUACACUUCAGCUACUGCAGUGAGUGAAAUCACUGCAACACUUAACAAAGAGCUGCAGUUAGUUUCAGAAUGGGUGGCAAGGAAUACGUUAGUCCUUAAUAUUUCAUAAACUAAAAGCAUUUUAUUUGGGACAAAUCAUUCACUAAACACUCGAUCUUGUAAUAAAUAAUGUGGAAAUUGAGCAAAUUGAAGUGACUAAACUGCUUGGAGUAACCCUGGAUUGUAAACUGUUAUGGUCAAAGCAUAUUGAUACAACAGUAGCUAAGAUGGGGAGAAGUAUGUCCAUAAUAAAGCGCAGCUCUGGAUUCUUAACAACGCUAUCAACAAGGCAGGUCCUACAGGCCCUAGUUUUGUCGCACCUGGACUACUGUUCAGUCGUGUGGUCAGGUGCCACAAAGAGGGACUCAGGAGAAUUGCAAAAGGCUCAGAACAGGGCAGCGCGGCUGGUCCUUGGAUGUGCACAGAGAGCUAAUAUUAAUAAUAUGCAUGUCAAUCUCUCCUGGCUCAAAGUGGAGGAGAGAUUGACCUGAUCACUACUUGUAUUUGUGAGAGAUAUUAACAUGUUGAAUGCACCGAGCAGUCUGUUUGAACUACUGGCGCACAGCUCGGACACCCAUGCAUACCCCACAAGACAUGCCACCAGAGGUCUCUUCACAGUCCCCAAGUCCAGAACGGACUAUGGGAGGCGCACAGUACUACAUAGAGCCAUGACUACAUGGAACUCUAUUCCACAUCAGGUAACUGAUGCAAGCUGUAGAAUCAGAUUUAGAAAACAGAUACAAAUACACCUUACAGGAACAGCGGGGACUGUGAACAGACACACACACUCAUGAUAAGACACGCACUCUACACACACGUACACAUGGAGAUAUUGUAAAUAUGUGAUAGUGGAGUAGUGGCCUGAGGGAACACACUGAAUGUGUUGUUUAAAGUGUUAUGAAAUGUAAUGUCAUGUAAUAUUUCUUAUUGUAUAUAACUGCCUUAAUGUUGCUGGACCCUAGGAAGAGUAGCUGCUGCCUUGGCAGGAACUAAUGGGGAUCCAUAAUAAACCCCAGGAAGAGUAGCUGCUGCCUUGGCAGGAACUAAUGGGGAUCCAUAAUAAACCCCAGGAAGAGUAGCUGCUGCCUUGGCAGGAACUAAUGGGGAUCCAUAAUAAACCCCAGGAAGAGUAGCUGCUGCCUUGGCAGAAACUAAUGGGGAUCCAUUAUAAACCCCAGGAAGAGUAGCUGCUGCCUUGACAGGAACUAAUGGGGAUCCAUAAUAAACCCCAGGAAGAGUAGCUGCUGCCUUGGCAGGAACUAAUGGGGAUCCAUAAUAAACCCCAGGAAGAGUAGCUGCUGCCUUGGCAGGAACUAAUGGGGAUCCAUAAUAAACCCCAGGAAGAGUAGCUGCUGCCUUGACAGGAACUAAUGGGGAUCCAUAAUAAACCCCAGGAAGAGUAGCUGCUGCCUUGGCAGGAACUAAUGGGGAUCCAUAAUAAACCCCAGGAAGAGUAGCUGCUGCCUUGGCAGGAACUAAUGGGGAUCCAUAAUAAACCCCAGGAAGAGUCCCCUGUAGCUCAGUUGGUAGAGCAUGGCGCUUGCAACGCCAAGGUUGUGGCUUAGUUUCCCACGGGGGGCCAGUAUGAAAAAUGUAUGCACUCACUAUCUAAGUCGCUCUGGAUAAGAGCGUCUGCUAAAUGACUAAAAUGUAAAUGUAUCUUUAAUCAAUACAAUGAAACAUUUUAGUUUCUGAGUUUGGGUCAUUUCUGUUCUGCUCCCAGGUAACCUAGAUAUGGAUCUGCAAAUGUAAUAUUAACUUCAAUCGACAAAGUUGUCCAGAUAUUAAAUUAUCUUCCUAAACUGACAUGAAUAGAAACAACAUUAAUAGCAGUGCAAAUUUCACAAACCCUAUUUUUCUUUCCUCAGAUGACCCCGAUGACCUGAUGGUGACCCGGAAGGGGAAGAUCCUGCUGGAGAACUGGCAGGACGUGAGCUCCCUGGGUCUCCUGAACCUGGUCUACGACGUCACGCCACCGGACUUUGUGGACCUGGUCAUCACAGACCUGGGCAUGAUCCCCUGCACCUCCGUUCCUGUUGUCCUCAGGGUCAAAAACCUUGACCAGUAAGAGUGGAGGUGACUGGACCCAGGGGUUUGACUUUGAUGUGGUGUUCCAUAAGAAGUUAUAGGCUGUGUCUUAGAUGGUACCCUAUACCAUAUAUAGGGGAUAGGGUUCCGAUUGGGGAUGUACACUAAUGUUCCAAUGUCCAUUCUAGCAGAGAACAUCCCAAUGCAUAGGCCUGCCCAAUUCAUUGUUUUAAUUCUUAGUAGCAUGCUAGUGUUGCUAUUGGAACGGGGCUUUAGACUCAGUCUCUCUCCCUUGGCUCAGUGUUUCUCCAUGCUAGGCUAUAUCCACUGUAACAGCUGGCCCAAGCAAGACUACAGAAGUGCUCUGCUCUUCUUGAGUGUUCAUUCACACCUGUGCUUUUGGCAUGCAAUAAAUAUCUGAAAUGGCACAUGCUUUUUAAACAGAGUUCCUAUG